CAGAGGCAGUAGCGGCCGCCACCCUCAAAUCGGCAGCGGUGGAGGCGGAGGAGGCGGCUCUUUUUCGCCUGUGCGUGGAGGUUGCAGAUGCCGAGGUGCAAGCGAGGAUGAGCAGUGGCGGCGGCGGCGGCAGCGGCAGCGGAAGCGGCUGUACGGCUGAUGCCUACGUGGGAGAACAAGGAUUCGAGCCCGGACUUCCGAGCUCACAGGAUGCCAUGUGGCGACGGCUGCGUUCGGAUUCCUGCGCCGUCUCGUCUCCUUUCGACGAGGACGCAGUCCCAAUGGGAGGACGCGGCAACAGUGUUUGGUUCGGGGCGUCAAGAUUUGGGUCGCAUGCUGCCGUGGCGCUGCCGGCGGCGGCUCCGGCGGACGCGACCCCCGGUAGCAAGUCACCGCUGUCGCCGCCGCCGACCUCCAAGGAAGCCGCUGCCGACGCGGACACCGUCAGCUCGGUCCUGCGGCAGCAUCAUACCUGUCAUGAGUUCAGCUCGGGAAGCGGCAGCGGCUGCGUCAUCGACAGCAUGCACAAAAUGCUCACAGGCCAGAUGGCGGCGCCGGCCUCUCCCAGCCCUUUCCUCACCGCCGCCUUCACGUGCGUUCCUCGUGCGGCGCCCACCCAUCAUUUCGAUGAUCAUCCCAGCAGCGGCGGCGACGGCGGUCGCAUUGGCGCCGCCGUCGGCGGCGGCACCUGCGGCGUGCUGACGCCGCAGCCAUCGCCGGCGCCGCCGACGAGGCUGGCGCUGACCCGCACGGGGAUGGCGGCGGCGACGGCGCCGCCGGCUGCGGGCCCGCUAGGCUCCCUGCCGCAGCCCCUGGAGCUGAGCUGGCAGGCCUCAGUGCACGUCGCCUGCAAGGGGUGGGUGCCGUACGCUGCUGCCGAACCUGCAUUGUCGUACCCAGAGAGUAUCGAACCGUCAUUAACGGAAGGUUCGCGCGACAGGGGCACGGGGGCGGAGCGUUCGGAGGUUGUACGGUCGCCGUCAUUGCUAGCGGGGCCGGCCGCAGACGCCACGGCUGGCGGCCGGGAGGGACAGCAAGCAUCAGAGCUAUCAGCGGCGGAGCGGGCGACGGCGCCGGAUCCAUUGGCGCGUGGUGACGUUGCGGUUGCCGCCGCGCCGGCGCCGCCGCGGAGCGGCGCUUGCGCCGACGGCGCUGACCCGUGGGUCGGCGGAGUGCUUAGUGGAGCCGGUGGUGCUGCGGGCGAGCUCCGCGUCCAGAUCGAAGAGCAGCGUACGGCACACGUGCCUUGUCGCUACAGGGUAAUCAGUGACACUCCUGGAUGUUAUGCUAUGUCGUCAGGGAAGGAGUUGCUGGCUGGGGAAGUCAGGUUUGCUAUUACUCGUAACGACGGCGCCUGUGUGACCCAUGGGUCAUCGGAGGCAUUUGCAGGCGUGGCGCUUAGCUUCGACAUUCCACCCAUGCUCGUACCCACCGUGCUGCGUCUGGAGCUCCUCCCCUGCACCGACCCUGUUACUCAAACGCCACCUCCGCCGUCCGCAUCAACAUCGUGGUCACAGCCACCGCUUCCCCUGGCCCCUAACACGCCGGCAUCUGACGCUACCCAAAUGGCCACGUCGAAGCGGCAACCAUCGCGGCCGCCGCCGCCGCCGCCGCUGCUGAGCUUGCCGCUGCUGGUGUUGCCGCCGCACGUGGUUUCGGAGGUCCAGGGGCUGGCGGCGGCGAUGCUGGCGGAUGCCGUACCGGGCGCGCCGUCAGAGCGCUUGCAUCAACUGGAGCAGCUGGCCACCGCCGCUGGUGCUGCUGCUGCCUCGGCUGGAGGAUUAGGAGCGAU